AUGGAGAAGCCACAUGAAGUGGGAGCCGCGGGAGAAGGCUCGGGUUACGGGGCAGCGGUGAUUUCGCUGCCACCUUCCCCCCAAGAAUCACGACCCGCUCAGGAGGAAAACAACAGCUGGGGUUGGGCCGGGCCGGGCCGGGUCGGGGUGACACCGGCGUGGCGCCCUCCAUUCCGGCUCGAGCGCGGCCACGGGCACCCGGGGCCUGAAGGAAGGCUCAGGAAGAGGAAAGGCCCGGACCAGACGCUGACAGAGCCGGCCACCCGUCCGGCUCACCUCGGGGACCCUGGCCUCAGCGUCGGCCACCGCGGGUUCCGGGUCCGCUGCAGAGGGCUCGGGCCGGCGCGCGAGGCUCGGGGCGCUCGAGCGGCCGCGGGAGCGGGAAGGGCGGAGGGUGAGGAAGGGGCCAGGCCCGCCACGCCGCUCACCGCCUCGGACGCCGCCGUCUGUCAGCCACCGCCACCUGCCCCACUGCAGCAGCAGCAGCAGCAGCAGCCACCAGGGCCGCCGCCUCCCGGCGCGUCGGCUCGGGGCGGGGAAGAGCGUGACGCGCCGCCGCCGCCGCCGCCGCGGGGCCAGGAGAAGACGCCGCACGGCUCCGCCCCGCGCCCGCCGCCGCCACCGCCGCCGCCCUUUUGUCUACGCCCCCCACAGCGACCCCGGGGACAACCGGUUGCUUCUGCUGCCCUGGAUCCCAAGAGUGGCUUGCAGAAAGGCUUGUUGGGAGCUGAACUCUUUUUCAUUUUUGUUUUCCAGCUGGAGGAAGAAAGAUCUGUGCUCAACAAUCAGUUGUUAGAAAUGAAAAAGAGAGAAUCCAAGUAUAUAAAAGACGCUGAUGAAGAGAAGGCUUCCUUGCAGAAAUCCAUCAGUAUUACUAGUGCCUUACUCACAGAGAAGGACGCAGAGCUGGAAAAGCUGAGGAAUGAGGUUACGGUGCUCAGGGGAGAAAAUGCCUCUGCCAAGUCCUUGCAUUCAGUUGUUCAGACUCUAGAGUCUGAUAAGGUGAAGCUCGAGCUCAAGGUAAAGAACCUGGAACUUCAACUCAAAGAAAACAAGAGGCAGCUCAGCAGCUCCUCAGGUAAUACUGAUACUCAUGCAGAAGAAGAUGAAAGAGCCCAGGAGAGUCAGCAAAUGAUUGAUUUCCUAAAUUCGGUAAUAGUGGACCUUCAGAGAAAGAACCAAGACCUCAAGAUGAAAGUGGAGAUGAUGUCAGAAGCAGCCCUCAAUGGCAACGGAGAUGACCUGAACAUUUAUGACAGUGAUGACCAAGAGAAACAGUCCAAGAAGAAACCACGCCUUUUCUGUGACAUCUGUGACUGCUUUGAUCUCCAUGACACAGAGGACUGUCCCACACAGGCACAGAUGUCUGAGGACCCUCCCCAUUCCACACACCAUGGCAGUCGGAGUGAGGAGCGGCCAUACUGUGAAAUCUGUGAGAUGUUUGGGCACUGGGCAACUAACUGCAAUGAUGACGAGACCUUCUGAUGAAGCCUCAAGGCAGGAUUGGGCUUUCUCGGAGACACAGGCAUCCAAGCAGCUUAACACCAGCAUUGUGUGUGCAACUUCAGGAGAACUCAUGUAUUUUUGACCCUCAUUGGCAAAUCUAAGAAAAUAUUUUGGUCUUCAACAAAUCGCCCUGUAGUCUCCCCUUUUAAGUAAGAAUAAUAAAUAUUUAGCAGGUGAGCUUUCACCUCUAAUUCUGUUUUCUGAAUUUUUAAGUUUUAAGGCAUUGCACCGGGUGCUGUUACAUUUAUUGUCCCUAGAGAGACCUCAUGGAACAAGCCCAAACCUUACAGAACCUUAUUUAAGAAACUUUAAAUUAUGCCGUUACUUUUCGUGUUUGCACUAAAAUAUUUCCAGGCUGCAUUUGUAUAUUUAGAUUUUUUUUUUUUUUUUUUUGGAUAAGCUUUGACACUGGAAUGAGUUGCAAAAAAUGUACCAUUUUGUAUUUCCAUUUAUUCAUUUAAAGCAUUUUAUUCUUCAGUAUCUGAGCUCUUUGCACUACCUGUUAUCAGUAGUGCCUUUUUUCAGGCUCAACAAUACUUACAUGUGAUUAUAAAUCAUGAAACUGGUAAAGGGAGGGAAAGCCCCAAACUGCUGUGGGGACAUUUUAUAAUCUAUAUGCUGCACCCACUUACUCAACUGUGGUGUUUUCUUUAUUGGUUUUACAUAAUUUCAGCUUCUAUAUAUUGUACGUAUAUAUUUUUUUAAAAAUCUAUAUUUUGGGGAAAAAACAGUACAAUGUGUCUUUCUUUUCAGAUUUUUUACCUUUGAGAAUACACCUAAAAUGAUCCUUAGAACAUAACAGGCUAGACCUGAAAUAGCAUCACGUGGCUUUGAAACCACUUUUUCUUUUGUUUUCAGUUUGUUUCUUUACCAAAUCUAAUGGCUUGAAUUUUUUCCAGUUAUUUUUUCCCUUCUCCAGCAGAUCUCCCCAGCAGUGAAUUAAGUAAGCCACUAUUAAACACCUUAAAUUAACCAAUCUACAAUCCUCCUUUAUAAGUUUUUUUUAACUGUAUUUUUAGAUGAAUGUAUGAUGAGAAAUUCAACAUUAAUAGGUUUGGAUUUUCUUAUCACAAAAAAUAAAAUGAAGGACCUCAACCACCAGAACAGUUUAUAAACCAGUCUGAAUCUAUUUAUCUUUAUUUGAAUGUCUUCUAGAAUAUGUAAAAAGUAAUAAAA